UUGCAGACAUAGGUCACGUGGCGAGGGUGGGUGCGACGGGAGGGGCCUGCGCUUAACUAGGGCCCCCAUCCACCAUGUUUUCUGACGGACCCGAGUCUGGUUUUUUUUUACCGAAAAACCAUACGGAAAUGGCCGGAGAGCUCCAGGGAACCUAGGUGCCCUAACGCGCGAGCGCGGCGGGACUAUCCUAGCAGGUGUUCCCGGAGACAGAGGCGAUGGCGUCUAGUAGUAACUGGCUUUCUGGAGUGAAUGUCGUGCUUGUGAUGGCGUACGGGAGUCUGGUAUUCGUACUGCUGUUUAUUUUUGUGAAGAGACAAAUCAUGCGCUUUGCAAUGAAAUCUAGAAGGGGACCUCAUGUUCCUGUGGGACACAAUGCCCCCAAGGACUUAAAAGAGGAGAUUGAUAUUCGACUAUCCAGGGUUCAAGAUAUCAAGUAUGAACCCCAGCUCCUUGCAGAUGAUGAUACCAGACUACUGCAGCUGGAAACCCAGGGGAAUCAAAGUUGCUACAACUAUCUAUACAGGAUGAAAGCUCUAGAUGCCAUCCGUGCCUCUGAGAUCCCGUUUCAUGCUGAAGGCCGGCACCCCUGUUCUUUAAUGGGUAAGAAUUUCCGCUCCUACUUGCUAGAGCUGCGAAACACUACCACUCCUUUCAAGGGUGUUCGAAAGGCCCUCAUUGAUACCCUCCUGGAUGGAUAUGAGACAGCCCGCUAUGGGACAGGGGUCUUUGGCCAGAGUGAGUACUUGCGAUAUCAGGAGGCCUUGAGUGAGCUGGCCACUGUGGUCAAAGCACGAAUUGGGAGUUCUCAGAGACAACACCAGUCAGCAGCCAAAGACCUAACUCAGUCACCUGAAAUGUCGCCAACCACAAUCCAGGUCACAUACCUGCCCUCCAGUCAGAAGAGCAAACGCCCUAAGCACUUCCUCGAACUGAAGAGCUUUAAAGACAACUAUAACACCCUGGAGAGCACGCUGUGACGGAGCUGCACACAUGCCAGCUUGUGGCGCUCGGAAUAUCUGGUUCAGCAGACCCAAACUUUAUUGGCCAAAGCAUUCUUACAGAACAGUAUCUAAAAGGCCAUUCCCAACCUUUUCUGAUACUGGCUAAGACCUCAGUCUCAGUAUCUCCCAGUAGCACUUCUUCUGGAUUUGAGUUCAAAUGUCAUUCUUAACAUUUCUGUUGAAGCUUCCUUGAAAACCUUCGCUUGAUUUUGGCUGUAAUUCACCUGCCCUGUUCAGUGCUGUUUAGUCCCAAAGAUGUAAGUUGAGGUGAGGUGUCUUUUGUCUACCCCAUUGCACUCAACUGAACAGAAAUAUUUGUUUUAGAGCAUCUCAGAUUUGAUUGGUGGAAAAGUCAGUCAGGACCUGAUGGGGAAAGGAGAUUGAUAAAGUGGGUAGAAUGUCCUCUGGAAUUUUGGUGCUCCAUUAUAACCAGGUGCAUUGUGACAUGAGCAUGACUUUCCUAAAGUGAAGGAUCUAUCCCCACCUUCAUCCAAUACUUAUGACAAGUAGAAAGAAACAUUCUGGCACUUGGCAUAACCUAUGCCAAGAUGGUGAAACAAUGUGAAGAGAAGUGGUAUCCUCUAAUAUCAGUGUAUUAGUCUCAGUUUACAAAGUACUUAAUAAAACUACUAUAAAACCA